ACCGGCCCGAGCGGAGCAUCGCGCGUCCUCACCCGCGAGGCCAGAGCAAACAGGCCCCAGGGCAGUGGCCUGGACCAUCGAUUUACUGCCUGAACCGAUGCUACACCCAUGACAGAUGCCAUUCUGAUGAUCUGCCCAAGACUUCUGACCGCGUCAGUGUGAGAGCCAGUGUUCCUGGUGGUGGUCCCUGAGCCAUGGAGGCACCUCUGCAGACGGAGAUGGUAGAGUUGGUACCCAACGGCAAACACUUGGAGGGGCUACUCCCUGUCGCCACCCCCAUGGCUGGCAAUGAGAGGGUCGAGGGCCCUGGACGGAUCUGUGUUGAGGGUGAAGGCUUCCUACCAAAAAGUCCCAGCAAGGAGCCACACUUCACUGAUUUCGAGGGGAAGACAUCAUUCGGGAUGUCAGUGUUCAACCUCAGUAACGCCAUCAUGGGCAGUGGUAUCCUGGGGCUCGCCUACGCCAUGGCCAAUACGGGCAUCAUCCUUUUCCUGUUCCUGUUGACGGCCGUCGCCUUGCUCUCCAGCUACUCCAUCCACCUGCUACUCAAGUCCUCAGGGAUCGUGGGCAUCCGUGCCUAUGAGCAGCUGGGCUACCGUGCCUUUGGGACCCCAGGAAAGCUGGCGGCAGCCCUGGCCAUUGCGCUGCAGAACAUCGGAGCCAUGUCCAGCUACCUGUACAUCAUCAAGUCCGAGCUGCCCCUUGUCAUACAGACCUUCCUGAACCUGGAGGAGCGGACCUCGGACUGGUACAUGAAUGGAAACUACCUGGUGAUCCUGGUCUCUGUCAUCGUCAUUCUGCCUCUGGCACUGAUGCGGCAGCUUGGCUACCUAGGCUACUCCAGUGGCUUCUCGCUCAGCUGCAUGGUGUUCUUCCUAAUUGCAGUCAUCUACAAAAAGUUCCACGUGCCCUGCCCGCUGUCCCCCAGUUUAGCCAACGUGACAGGCAACUUCAGCCUCGUGGAGGUCAUCAAGGAGGAGGCGGGGCUGCAGGUUGAGACGGAGGCCGCAGCCUUCUGCACCCCGAGCUACUUCACCCUCAACACACAGACGGCGUACACGAUCCCCAUCAUGGCUUUCGCCUUUGUCUGCCACCCUGAGGUGCUGCCCAUCUAUACAGAGCUCAAGGACCCCUCCAAGAGGAAGAUGCAGCACAUCUCCAACCUGUCCAUCGCCGUCAUGUAUGUCAUGUACUUCCUGGCCGCCCUCUUCGGCUACCUCACCUUCUACGACAGGGUGGAGUCGGAGCUGCUGCACACCUACAGCAAGGUGGACCCGUUUGAUGUGCUGAUCCUGUGUGUGCGCGUGGCCGUGCUGACGGCAGUCACACUCACAGUGCCAAUUGUUCUGUUUCCGGUGCGCCGCGCCCUCCAGCAGAUGCUGUUUCAGGACCGCGAAUUCAGCUGGUUGCGGCAUGUGCUCAUUGCUGUUGGCCUGCUCACUUGUAUCAACCUGCUGGUCAUCUUUGCCCCCAACAUCCUGGGCAUCUUCGGGGUCAUCGGUGCCACAUCUGCCCCAUGCCUCAUCUUCAUCUUCCCUGCCAUCUUCUACUUUCGCAUCAUGCCCACAGAGAAGGAACCUGCAAGAUCUACCCCCAAAAUCCUGGCCCUUUGUUUUGCUGCCCUUGGCCUCUUGCUGAUGACCAUGAGCUUGAGCUUCAUCAUUAUUGACUGGAUCUCGGGGACCAGUCGGCAUGGAGGAAGCCACUAGGAUGACCCCCAUCCUGUUCUGUCUACUUGUCCUCCUACCCCUGCCCAGACUCUUCAGCCCCUGCUCCCAUCCAGUGGCCAGUUGGAGGGGGAAGAGAAAGACGUGGUGAACACUAUGGCAUUUGGCCCUGCCCCAUGUCCUCUCUGUCGAAGUUUUUGUUAGAGCCAGGACCAAGGCCCUUGGGCCACUACCCUGCUGAGCUCCUGGCCUACAGGAGCUUCCUGAGCUGGGAGCAAGGUGGGGCUGUACCCCUGCUCCCUUCCUGCUGCCUCAGGUCCCACCCAAGCCCCUUAUUCUCUUUGCACAGGUGCAUAGACUGAGGCCCAGCAGCUGCCCCCUAAGGUCACAUAGCCUGUAGGGGCACAAAGAGCUGAAUUAGGCCUGCAGUCAUCCCGCCACCUUGCUCCUGGGCCAUGGUCUGCACCCUGGGGCUUCAUCUCCCUCAGCCUGCUUGCCUUUCCUCCUUCUGUCACCUAGGCCCCUUUCGUGGGCUCAGGCCCUUGGAUAACCUGGUCCUCUUUCCCAUCCCCUCCACCGGGAGCAGAACCCCCUCACCCUAUGCUUGAGGGUGAGGCUGGUGUGGACACCCCAAGGGGCCCCUUUCCUGGUCUUUCACCAGUCCUGGGGAGGCUGGGACUCCCCCCACCCCAAGCCCAGGCCAUAGCUCACAUUCCACUGCUGGGAGAAGAAAGAAGCUGAGGCCCAGAACGUGUCUGCCCCUGGGAACCAGAGACCCCAAGGGCCAAUCUGAGGCAGGGAUGGAGAGGCUGGCAGCCCCCUUUUAUAAAUAUUAUACAUAAGACCAGCUGUGCUUUAUAUUCUUGAUCUCCAUGGUCCCUGGGUUCCUGGAAAGUGGUGUGGGAGCCGGGACAUGGAUGGUGAUGGAAGCCUGCCCUGCCUUUUUCCCUGGGAUAAGGGUGGGGACAGGGUGAGUCCCCUACUCCACCCCGACCCUGCCUCCCAAACCAGCCAGUGGUGUGCUGAGACCCAGCUCUGGGCCUCGGCCAGGCUCAGCACAGACCUGCUUUCUCACGGGGUGAGGUGGGGAGGAAUUAAUGAGGCCCCAGGAAAUGGGACAGAGAGAGGCCUCCGGAAGGAGGCAACGUGAGGUGCAUCCCCAGCAGCUUCCAGGGAGGGUCUGAGCUGGGGGCGGCUGAGCCCUGCAGAAGCCCUGCAGAAGGGCCCCCUGCCCUCCCUAGCUGCCAUGUCAACCCUCUGCCAAUGCCUUAAAUCUGGGGACAAAAGUCCAGGGGUCCUGUGCCCUGUCAGGCUAAUCUUUUAUUAAUAGUAAAACCUACUACGAAUAAAGGUGGGUUAGUGAUUGCC